UGCCGCUUCCAGUCACCUCUGACGAGUUUCACCAUCCGACUCGACUGCCCCGACGCCGAAUCCCGAGCCGAUCCCGACCUCAAACGACUACUUUCCCCAUGGCAAGCGAAAAGGGCGCUGGGCUCGAGAGCCCCGAGAGUCGCGAGAUCCCAUACUGGCGCCUGCUCACCGAUCAGGGCGUUCUGACCCAGGAGAUUAUCGACCACCACUACCCUGGCUCCGGCACCGACGAGGAUCCCUACGCGGUGACAUGGCUCCCGCAGGACCCCCGGAAUCCGAUGCAGUUCAGCGCGAAGAAGAAAUGGACCUAUACCAUGGUGAUGGCCAUCGCCACCCUCGCUGUUGCCCUGGUUUCCUCGGCCUAUACCGGUGGUGUUGCGGAGAUCGAAGAGCAGUUUCAUAUCAGUACCGAAGUCGCAACCCUCGGUGUCUCCCUCUUCGUCCUUGGCUUUGCAGUCGGUCCCCUGCUGUGGGCUCCCUUCAGUGAAAUGUUCGGCCGCCAGGUCAUCUUCUGCAUCACCUAUGCCGCCCUCACGGCUUUCACCGCAGGCAGCGCCGGCUCCCAGAAUGUCUGGACCCUCAUUAUUCUUCGCUUCCUGGCUGGCUCCUUUGGCUCGUCUCCGAUGACCAACGCUGGUGGUGUGAUCGCCGAUAUGUUCACUGCGAAGGACCGAGGUGUUGCCACGAGUCUGUUCGCUGCGGCGCCGUUCCUUGGUCCCGUUCUGGGUCCGAUCAUUGGCGGCUUCCUGGGCAUGAAUGCUGGGUGGAGAUGGGUGAUGGGCUUCCUGGGUGCUUUCUCCGGAGUGGUCUGGAUCAUCGGCUCCCUCGUGGUUCCCGAGACCUAUGCGCCGGUGCUUCUCCGUCGCCGCGCCGAAAAGCUGAGCCAGCUGACUGGUAAGAUAUAUCGGAGCAAGCUGGACAUCGACCAGGGCAAGACCACCCUCAAGACUGCCUUCAAGACUGCCCUGUCCCGCCCGUGGCAGCUGUUGUUCCGGGAGCCGAUCGUGUUCCUCCUGUCUCUCUACAUGGCGAUCGUCUACGGAACCCUGUACAUGCUGUUCGCCGCGUACCCGAUUGUGUACGAGGAGUACCGUGGUUGGAACCAGGGCGUUGGCAGUCUUCCCUUCCUGGGCAUCAUGAUUGGCAUGCUGAUCGCCGUCACCUACAACAUCCUCGACAACAAGCGUUACAUCCGGGUUCAGGACGCGCAUGGCGGCUUUGCGCCUCCGGAAGCCCGCCUGCCCCCGUGCAUGGUGGCGUCCUUCUCUAUCCCGAUCGGACUCUUCUGGUUCGCGUGGACCAAUUACCCCUCGAUUCACUGGAUGGCCAGUGUUGCGGCAGGGGCUCCCUUCGGCUUCGGGCUGGUCUUGGUGUUCCUGAGCAACUUGACGUACCUGAUCGACACCUACACGAUCUUCGCGGCGUCUGUCCUGGCGGCGAACUCGGUGAUGCGGUCCGUGUUCGGUGCCGUCUUCCCUCUGUUCACCACCUACAUGUAUAACAACCUGGGCAUCCACUGGGCCACCUGUAUCCCGGCGUUCCUGGCCCUGGCGUGCGUCCCGUUCCCGUUCCUGUUCUACAAGUACGGAUCGGAGAUCCGCAAGCGCUGCAAGUACGCGGCCGAGUCAGACGCCUUCAUGCGCAGGAUGCUGGCGCAGUUCAUGAAGGUGCCCGAGCCCCAGGAGGAGACGCAGGUGGAGGACGAGAAGUUCGACCGCACCGAGGCGCCGGCCCCGGCGACCGACGUUGUCAGCGGCGACUCCGACUCGGGAGAGGAGCACAUGGCGGCGGCGCACCGGGUUCACACCAAGGCAUCGACGCACACGGUGAUGUCGCAGCACGAGUCGCUGUACGAGGGCAACCCCUACGACAUCGACCGGGUGCACACCCGGGAGUCCUUCAAGCACUGAACCACCUGAACCAAAACACCCCGAUACCUGAUACUGUGACACUUAUACUACACACUACUCCCUCCCUACUCGACGAUGGGGAUAAUAUUUAGUACUUAUUACCUCCCGACUCUUGAAUCCAGACACGGCUCGUGUCGAUUUCGAAAUGAGAUGCGAAUGACGGCAAGAACAAAAAAAGGCCGAGGGGAGGCGCGAAGGAGGCUGAAUUGUUAAGACGACUUGCAUGUUGAUAUACCCCGUUUGAUGUUUCUUUUUUUUCUUUUUUUCAGCUUGCAUUUGCAUGAUAGACGGCGGAGUUCUAAUGCCCGGGCCAUGCGCCCUACCCGAUCCAUAUAAUGAAUAAUUCUGCAUUGUAUUGUUGCUGUCCGGUUGAAUAGUAA